CAAACGGCAAACGAAUACAGUCGUCCCCUCCUCUCCUGUCUCACGUCUACCUUCUCCUCCUCCUUCUCCUCUUCUUCACACCUCUCUCUCUCUCUCUCUCUCUCUCUCUCUCUCUCUCUCUCUCUCUCUCUCUCUCUCUCUCGCCUUUACUCGCAGCCUGCGCUGAAUGCGCGCGAGAGCAUACGGACGUCUCCGUGUGUGUGGUUCCCUCUGGAUCCUCUGAUCAGAAGCCCCCCGCGCUCACAGCGGACAUGAUACGGAGAUGAGGCUCAGAAAUGGCACCUUCCUGACAGUGUUAGUGUUUGGAGUGUGCGGGCUCAUAUCGCUCUCCUGGUACACCGCCUUCAGCAAUUCCAAAGGUAAUGUGGUUGAUAUCUACCAGAGGGAGUUUUUGGCUCUGAGAGAUCGACUCCACUCGGCAGAGCAGGAGAACCUGAAACGCUCCAAAGAGCUCAACCUGGUGUUGGAUGAAAUCAAGCGAGCCAUCGCCGAGAAGCAAGCGCUUCGAGACAUCAACCGCACAUGGAGCAGCUUGUCCGAUGAAACCAAGCUGAAGCUCUGGAACGUCACCAGCAGUAAGAAUGUGUUACAGCUGCCCAGCAUCUUCCACCACCUGCCCCAUCUGCUGGCCAAGGAGACCAGCCUGCAGCCAGCCGUGCAUGUCGGCCAGGGCCGCACCGGAGUGUCGAUAGUGAUGGGCGUUCCCAGUGUGAAGAGGGAGGUGCACUCCUAUUUGACAGACACUCUGAGCUCUCUGAUGUCAGAGCUGAGUCAGGCUGAAAAAGACGACUGCGUCAUCGUGGUCUUCAUUGCCGAGACAGACCAGCAGUACGCUAACAGCGUUGCUGACAACCUCAAGCGCCUAUUUCCAGCAGAAAUUCAGUCAGGCUUGUUGGAGAUCAUCUCUCCAUCUGUCCAUUUCUAUCCAGACUUCUCACACCUCAAAGAGUCAUUUGGUGACCCUAAAGAACGAGUCAGAUGGCGAACCAAGCAGAAUCUGGAUUACUGCUUCUUGAUGAUGUACGCCCAAUCCAAAGGCACUUACUAUGUGCAGUUAGAGGACGACAUUGUGGCUCGGCCGAAUUACUUCACCACUAUGAAGAACUUUGCUCUCCAGCAGCCUUCAGAGGAAUGGAUGAUCCUCGAGUUCUCCCAGUUGGGCUUUAUCGGGAAGAUGUUUAAGUCACUGGAUCUGUCUCUCAUAGUGGAGUUCAUCCUGAUGUUCUACAGGGACAAACCCAUUGACUGGCUGCUUGACCACAUCAUGUGGGUGAAAGUGUGCAACCCAGAAAAGGAUGCGAAACACUGCGACAGGCAGAAGGCAAACCUGCGCAUCCGCUUCAAGCCUUCUCUCUUCCAGCAUGUGGGAACACACUCAUCUCUGGCUGGAAAGAUCCAGAAGCUAAAGGAUAAGGACUUUGGGAAGCAGACUGUCCAUAAAGGCCACGCUAACCCGUUAGCUGAGGUCACCACCAGUCUGAAGACCUAUCAGCACUUCACACUGGAGAAGGCUUACCUGGGCGAGGAUUUCUUCUGGGCAUUCACGCCUGUGGCUGGAGACUUCAUACGUAUCCGCUUCUUUACCCCUGUCCGCAUCGAGAGGUAUUUCUUCCGCAGUGGGAACAUCGAGCACCCUGGAGACAAGUUGUUCAACACUACGGUGGAGGUUUUGCCGUUUGAUAAUAUUCAGUCUGAAAAAGAGGCUUUGAAAGAGGAGAAGGAGAGAACCCCAAAGUACCAGCGCACAGAGGACGGCUUCAUUAGAAUAGGUCAGUUUCAGAACGGUAUCGCAGAAGGAGAGGUGGAGGCCUCGUUCGGGCCACUGGAGGCCAUGCGGCUUUCUGUGCUCACCGAUUCACCGGUGUGGGUGAUUCUCAGCGAGAUUUUCAUUAAGAAAGCAGAGUGACGACACCUCCUUCUGCUCCACGAGGUUUUGCUGGACCUGUGUGGCGCAGGACCCUCAGCAUCGGCACAGCGUUUCUUUCAGCUCAGUCCAUCAGCACCGUCUGGUGGCCAGAAGUUGCUUCAUUAUGGAACAGCAGUGAAGCUCGCACUCACAGUGAAGUGAAAGCACGAGAACACGCACAGCCAAGCUGCUGGCGACGGAUAGACGCCGCUGUAUAAACUGCAUAAUAAACUGUAUUUAUGUGUAUAUACAUGGCUCCUGGUUCAGUGAGUGUAAUCACACUGGUCUAUUUGUCUGUGAGCACACCAGAUGGAGACUCUCUUGCCCUUUGGCGUACUGAAAAGAUUUUAUAGCCUUGAAAAUGCUGCUUUUUUUUUUUUUUUUUUUUUUUUUUGAGGACUGUAUAAAUUUUGAUUUGCAAAGUUUUAAUUUCUGCUAUCAUUUUUGUGGGCAAAUAUUUUUAGGUGCAGGGUUUGCUAUUCCAAAACAAGUGUAGAUCUUAUGAUACUUGCACAUGUUAAGAAUACACACAUAGAUAUGAUUGUCAUAAAUGUGUGUUUGUAUGUGCAGAGGUUAAUAGUGAUUGACCAAUGUCAGCCAGAUGGAUUAUAGCUACAAAUAUUACAAGCUAUAAAAGGAAAUAAUAAAAAAAAAACAUUUCUGACA